AUCCUCCAAUGGCCAGAAAAGUAGCGAGAUACGCCGUGGUCGACGCGUUUACCGAUACACCUUUUAAAGGUAAUCCGGCCGCAGUUUGCUUUCUGGAAGAAGGAGAGGGAGUAGAUGACGACUGGAUGCAAGCUGUAGCCAAAGAGUUCAACCUUUCAGUUGACCUUUGUGGGCAUGCAACAUUGGCCUCAGCACAUUUCCUUCUCACAUCUGGGAUAACUGAAGCUCAUACGCUUGAGUUUUUAACAAGGUCUGGAAUUCUGAAAGCCACAAAAUUGGAUUUACUAAAAGAAAAUAAUUUGUCGAGGCCUUGUAACGAUGGAGGUGAAAGCUUCUUAAUAGAGUUAAAUUUUCCUCUGAUUGAAGCAAUAAACGUGAACUCUGCAGAAAUACCAUCAAUCCCAAAUACUUUAAAUGGCUUGUCCAUUGUGAAUAUUCAGAAAGGCAACGAGGAUGGUGGUGAUAUCAUUGUUGAACUUUCUUCCGGGGAGGAUGUUACUAAUUUAAAACCGAACUUUGAUGAGCUAUGUAAAUGUGCUGGAAGGGGUGUUAUUGUAACUGCUCCUGCUCCUCCUGGAUCUGAUUUUGACUUCUUCUCACGUUUCUUCUGCCCAAAGUUUGGAAUUAAUGAGGACCCCGUCACUGGGAGUGCACAUUGUCUAUUAGCGCCCUAUUGGAGCAAGAAACUGGGAAAGCAAAAUCUUAUGGCUUAUCAGGCUUCUCCACGUGGUGGGAUACUGAAACUUCAACUGGAUGAGCCGAACCAGCGAGUUCUCAUUCGUGGUGAAGCAGUAACUGUCAUGACUGGAACUCUUUUU